CGCUGAACAUGUCCAGAGAGGAUCGAGUUACACUACGCCCCAUCUUUAAGCCCCAGUCAGUGCGCCGUUAGCCGCAGGACAACAGAGGAUAGGAUAGGAUACUGGCCGCCGGGGAACUGUCGGCUCCACACUCAUGCCUUGGAAAAGGGGAAGAGUUUGAAAUUGCUGUUAAUGGGGAGAAAUCACAUUUACCUGGAGUUCUAAAAAUGAUAGAAACAAUGGAUACACAGCGUGCCUUGCAGGCGGUGGAGCGUCUCCAGGCCAAACUGAAGGAGCGGGGGGAGGUGCCCACUGAGGAGAAGCUCAGCCUGCUCAAAUCAGUGCUCCAGAGCCCCCUCUUCCACCAGAUCCUGGCCUUGCAGAAGUCCGUCCAGCAAAUCAGAGACCAGGGGAGUGUCCCAGCGUCACGUGCGAGUGACCUUGACGAUCACGUGGCAGCAGUCAAGCCCAAUGGCGGUCAUGUUUCCUACGCAGAAAUAUCAGCUUCUACACUCAUCAAUGGCAAGACAUCAUCUGAAGAAUUCGAACACGUGAUUCACUCCAUGGCGCAGGGGCGCUUCGUGACGCACGUGGACCUGCUGAAGCCAGCGUCAGGAGGCCUGGGGUUCAGCGUGGUGGGCCUGAAGAGCGAGAACCGCGGAGAGCUCGGCAUCUUCAUACAGGAAAUUCAACCGGGAAGUGUGGCUGACUGUGACGGGAAGCUCAGAGAAGCUGACCAGAUCUUAGCCAUCAAUGGCCAGCCCCUGGACAACACAGUGACCCACCAGCAGGCUAUAGCCAUCCUGCAGAGUGCUGCGGAGAGGGUGCAGCUCACGGUGGCAAGAGGUCCGAUACCUCAGCUGGCCAGUCCGGUGGUGUCCCGCACGCCCUCUGCUGCCAGUACACUGUCAGCCAACUCCAGCGCGUGGCAGCACGUGGAGACGAUUGAGCUGGUCAACGAUGGCACUGGUCUUGGCUUUGGUAUUGUGGGAGGAAAGACCACCGGCGUUAUUGUCAAAACCAUCCUUCCUGGAGGCAUAGCUGAUCAGGAUGGCCGCCUGCGCAGUGGAGACCACAUCCUGAGAAUAGGAGACACUGACCUGCACGGCAUGGGCAGCGAGCAGGUGGCGCAGGUCCUCAGGCAGUGUGGCAACAGGGUGAAGCUGGUGGUUACUCGGGGUCCCGUGGACGAGAAUCCCUCCCUCUCUGCCGUCAUGCCUGUGGUGCUCCCCACUGUCAACGAACAGGGCUACGAGGAAGAGGAGGAUGAGGCAUUUGAUGUGAGCCUUACCAAAAACCCACAGGGGCUGGGUAUCACUAUUGCAGGCUAUGUUGGAGAUAAAAAUUCAGAGCCCUCUGGCAUUUUUGUUAAGAGCAUAACAAAAGACAGUGCCGUAGAUCAAGAUGGCCGUAUUCAUGUCGGAGACCAGAUAAUAGCUGUCGAUGGCGUAAACAUCCAGGGAUACACCAAUCAGCAGGCAGUGGAGGUGCUCAGACACACGGGCCAGACAGUCCACCUUAAGCUGAUCCGGAGGGGCUUCAGGCCUGACGAGAUCCCCCCCGCCGUGGCCCCCAGUGUCACCAUCCUGCCCCCCUCCAUCACCAUUCCCACCACAACCAUGGUCAUGAUGGAGCUGGAGCUGGAGAGGAAGAAGGCUGAGGAGGCUGCUCCAGUCACCGCAGAUGAAAAGGCGCUGCAGACAAAGAGUGAAGGAUCUGAUGUCAGCCCAGCCACGGAUCAGCUAACAGAAGACAAACAUGGGAUGAAGCUAACAGCCUUUGAAGAGGAGGAACUAAUGAAGAAGUGGCAAGAGAUUCUGGGUCCAACUAAUGAAGUUGUUGUAGCUCAGGUGGAGAAGUUCAGUGAGAGCAGUGGCCUGGGUAUCAGUCUGGAAGCCAACAGUGGGCAUCAUUACAUCCGCUCUGUUCUACCUGAGGGACCUGUCGGUCGCUGUGGAAAGCUGUUCAGUGGAGAUGAACUGCUUGAGGUCAAUGGUAUAUCCCUGAUUGGUGAAACCCACAAGGAAGUAGUCAGAAUCUUGAAGGAGCUUCCACUUUGCGUAUACAUGACAUGCUGUAGGCCCGCCCCUCACCUGCAGACUGACAUGGAUGCUGUCCAGCCAGAAUCUGAGACUUUGUCUACAGUGUCUAAAUUAAAGAAACAAAUAGACCUGAGCAGCGUGUUGGUUGCUGAAGACUCAGAGGUGAACACAGCGGCAGCGACACAGGAUAAUGUGACAGAGGAGGCGAUAGGAUCUCCUUUGGCCAUGUGGGAGCUGGAGAUCCAGAAUAUCGAGCUCGAAAAGGGAGAAGGGGGAUUGGGAUUCAGCAUACUGGACUACCAGGACCCACUGGACCCGGCCAAGACCGUGAUCGUGAUUCGAUCUCUGGUUCCCAACGGUGUGGCCGAGCAGGAUGGCAGACUGUUGCCAGGAGACCGGCUCAUGUAUGUUAACGCCACCAACCUGGAGAACGCCAGCCUGGAGGAUGCCGUCCAGGCCCUGAAGGGAGCCAACCUCGGAAAGGUCCAGAUAGGAGUUGCCAAACCACUGCCUGGAAUAUGUGGAUAUUCCCACUCUCCACACCCAUAUGGUGAGCAGGAGAUUACAUCAUCAUCCACCAUCCAUUCAUUUGACUUCAACAAUAUUUUGGUUGAAGAAGGAGAGGAAGAAGGACUGGCUGAGGGCAUCGUUUACCGAGCAGAGCCUGCAUUGAUCGACACCAGCGAAGCAGACCUGUCUGAUGAGAAGGUGUUAGAUCACACUUACUCUGGGAUAGAGGACGACACUUUCCAGGCAUCCAUGAUUGCUCUUCAUGGCAGCAGCUGUAGCGCAGACCUGGAUUACUUGCACUCAUCUACGCCCAAGCUGACAGCUCGCCUGGACUUGUUGGAUGAGCAUCCCUGUUUUGCAACACCGUCCGGCCUUGCAGACAACACUCGGUCGUUCCCCCCGGAGGAGUCUGCCUCGUUCACUCCUCCGAGUUUAAGAGGUCACGUCCCGACUUUUAAUGCCAUACUGAGCAGCUCUGAUCAGUUCCUGGCACAGCACUCGGCCACAGAAGAAGCAGUGGAGGGCUUGAACUCAUACAGCCCGUUUGCUGAGAUAGGGACCAGAUCGUCUGUCCCAGAUGAACCCGUGGAGUCUCUUCACUAUCAGAAUGAGCCACCCAUGACUUUUGGAGAUAUUGCAGACAUGAAGAUUUUGAUCAAGGAUGAGGAGGCUGGUGUGAAUGAAUCAGCAGAAGACGGUGACAAGGAAGGACUGACCUCGGGGAGCAAUUUUGAAAGGACUAUCACAGUUGUCAAGGGCAACUCCAGCCUUGGGAUGACUGUGAGUGCCAAGAAAGAUGGUUUGGGAAUGCUGAUCCGCAGUAUAAUCCAUGGUGGAUCCAUUAGCCGCGAUGGACGUCUGGGUGUCGGCGAUCUCAUCCUGGCCAUCAAUGGAGAGCCCACAGCCAACCUGACCAAUGCUCAGGCUCGCGCCAUGCUUAGAAGACACUCGCUCAUUGGGCCAGACCUGGGAUCUGCUUGUGCACCUGAGGACGAUCUGUGCCCAUUUUAUGUCAUUACAUAUGUUCCAGCAGAGUAUCUGGAGGAGUACAAGGCCAGCCUAGAGCAGGCUAAAGAUGAUGUCUUCUCUGAAACAGCUCCGGUCACAGUUCCAGAUCCAAAAGACAUUCCUAACCUCCCUGAACGGGAAGAUGGAGAGGGAGAGGAAAGUGCCUCGUACAGCAACUGGAACCAACCUCGGAAAGUGGAGCUCUUCCGAGCGCCAGGCAAGUCCCUGGGUAUCAGUAUCGUCGGGGGCCGAGGGAUGGGCAGCCGGCUGAGCAACGGAGAGGUGAUGAGGGGUAUUUUUAUCAAGCACAUCCUGGAGGACAGUCCGGCUGGACAGAACGGGACCCUGAAGCCUGGAGACAGAAUCGUAGAGGUGGAUGGAGUGGAUCUAAGAGAUGCUAGUCACGAGGAGGCAGUGGAGGCCAUACGCAGGGCAGGCAACCCUGUCUCCUUCUUGGUCCAGAGUAUUAUCCACAGGCCCCGGAGGCCGCCCCUGCCCUUUCCGCAGCUAAAUAGCCAGCGUGAGUUGAGUCUUCGCUGCACUAAUCAAACCUACUUAGCACCUGCCCUCCCUCAGUCAUCAGUAACAGACUCCAGUGAGGACAGAGCUGCAGCUAUGACAAGGGACAGCAAGGACAAGCCGGUGAAGCGUGAAGCGGCAAAGGCAUCUCCCACCAGUGCUGUCCUCCCCCUGCCAGUGGUGCCCCAUGUGGGAGAGACUGAUACAGACACGCUGACAGAGAUUCCUGGCAGACCUGCUGAGGCAGAGGAAGAGGUGGAGGAGGAGGAGGAGGAGGAGGCGGAGGAUGAGUUUGGAUACAACUGGAAGAACAUAAUCCAGCGAUAUGGCAGCCUGCCGGGUGUCCUACACAUGAUUGAGCUGGAGAAAGGCAAGACAGGACUGGGCCUCAGCCUGGCGGGGAACAGGGACCGCUCUCGCAUGAGUGUGUUCGUGGUGGGAAUAGACCCCAACGGGGCGGCCAACAGGGACGGACGUAUGGUGGUGGGGGAUGAGCUGCUGGAGAUCAACGGGCAAGUCCUUUACGGCCACAGUCACCAGAAUGCAUCCUCCAUAAUCAAGAGCUCUCCAUCUAAAGUCAAAAUCAUCUUUGUCAGGAACACGGAGGCGCUGAACCAGAUGGCUGUGGGACCUGUGAGAGAACCCGAGGGAGACACAGUGGAGCCCCACGCUGAGAUAGAAACAACUGCUGCUAACGGCGACGCCGAAACGUCAAAAUAUGUGCAUCACAGCAUAAAGCUGAAGGAGGACGGAGGACUUGGCAUCUCCUUUGUGGAGGGGAACACUGAGACUGGAGUUGAGAUUCAGAGUAUAUCUGAAGUGAAAGGACACACGGGCAAAGAGUGCUGCAUGAAACCAGGGGACAAACUGUUAGCUGUGAAUGGUGAAUCAGUGCUCGGCUACACUGUGAAAAAGGUCAAUUCUCUACUGAGAAAAGCCAAAGGUCCAGUGAAGCUAACGUUCUCUACAAAUGAGACCCACUCCUCCUUCUCCUUUCCCCAGUCAUCCAGCCAAGAUGGGGACUGCUCGGAUGACGCCCUUGCCAGCCUACCUAGCAUGCCUGUUGCUGCCACAGCUACCCUGAGUCAACCAGAGCCGGACGCAGUUGCUGGUCCAAGCCGCUCAUCCACCCCUUCCACUCUGGCCUGUGACCCUGCGACCUGUCCCAUCAUCCCCGGCUGUGAGACCACCAUUGACAUCUCCAAGGGCCGCACGGGCUUGGGGCUCAGCAUCGUGGGAGGCUGUGACACCCUGCUGGGGGCCAUCAUUAUCCAUGAAGUUUAUGAAGAAGGGGCAGCCUCGAAAGAUGGCAGGCUUUGGGCAGGAGACCAAAUCCUAGAGGUGAACGGCAUCGACCUGCGCGCAGCCAGUCAUGACGAAGCCAUCAAUGUGCUGCGGCAGACACCGCAGAGAGUGCGUCUGACGGUCUUCAGGGACGAGACGCAGUACAAGGAGGAAGAUCUGUGGGACUCGUUCACUGUGGAGCUUCACAAGCAGCCUGGCCAGGGCCUAGGCCUGAGCAUCGUAGGGAGGAGGAAUGACACGGGAGUGUUUGUGUCCGACAUUGUGAAAGGAGGUUUGGUUGACACUGAUGGCCGACUCAUGCAGGGCGACCAGAUCCUGUCAGUCAAUGGUGAGGAUGUCAGGUCGACUACACAGGAGGCCGUGGCUGCACUACUCAAGUGCUGCGUGGGGCCUAUAAAAAUGGAAGUAGGGAGGUUUAAGGCAGGCCCCUUCCACUCGGAAAGAAGGCUGUCUCAAAGUAGUCAGAUGAGUGAAUCAGGCAGCACCAAGGUGGCCUCUCAGUCAUGCUUGGACUCUGGGAACCUUCCCAGUGAUCCCGAAAAACGAAGUAGGAGUCCUGAUGCUCCGGAGCAGCAGGACACCAGAACAGUUGAGUUCACGAAAGGUCCCAAUGAUUCUUUGGGGAUCAGUAUAGCAGGGGGUGUGGGCAGCCCUUUGGGUGAUAUCCCCAUCUUUAUCGCCAUGAUGAAUCCUGUCGGCCUGGCCGCUCACACCCAGAAGCUCAAGAUCGGGGACCGCAUUGUCAGUAUCUGUGGGACCUCUGCUGAAGGCAUGACCCACUCACAGGCUGUCACUCUGCUCAAGAACGCCACAGGCACAAUACAGCUGCAGGUGGUAGCGGGCGGCGACACCACCGUGACGGGUCCCUCUCAGGAGCAGGCAGCUGCAAGUCUGACACCCAGCUGCAUCUUCCAGGAUGACCUUGGCCCACCUCAGUAUAAGACUAUAAAUCUUGAAAGAGGACCAGACGGACUGGGUUUCAGUAUAGUUGGAGGGUAUGGCAGCCCCCAUGGAGACUUGCCCAUCUAUGUUAAAACUGUUUUUGGAAAGGGAGCAGCAGCAGAGGAUGGACGCCUGAAGCGAGGGGACCAGAUAAUGGCGGUUAACGGGCAGACCCUGGAGGGCGUCACUCAUGAAGAAGCUGUCGGCAUCCUGAAGAGGACCAAAGGAACUGUCACGCUCACUGUGCUUUCAUAGACUCACAAUUGCACAAAUUUAUCUUCACUACUUUUCCAAAACUUCUUAUCACACGCAAAGUUAAUCCACUUCUAUAACGACAAACUUUAAAAUAGCAACACACCUCGCAGGUGUGAUGUCAUGUCUAGCAGUAGAAGUCGAACCCGCAAUAUUUCGCAACUGGAAGAUUGUGUGAAUGUCAGCAGAUGUUCAUCUGUGAAAAUAUGCACACUGAAAUAGGAACAACUAUUUACUGAUAAUCAUGAAGAAGUUUAUUGCUCAAUGUAACUUUGAACACUGUGAUGCACGGAAGUCUGCAGUAAGUAGACUCAUGUAUGUCGUGAUAACUAAAGCUAAAAGAGCUUUUCACUGUCACCUCAAUUGCUCUCAAAAUAAUAUGUAGAGUAGAAAUGAAGUAUGAAUUUAUAGUUUGCCAUACAGUUUUAAUUUGUUGUUACAUGAAUCUCCAAGAGGUUGUAAAUAGUAGGAUAGUAUGAUGUGUUCACACCAAAUGUUAAGCAAGUUUUUCGUGCAGCGACAUCACAUACAAACUUAAUGCAGAAACAUGAAUAGACAGGAGUUUGUGCUGGGCAACGCAAAUGACGUGAUGAGAACAUGCAAAAUUUGGGUAUUUGCACAAGCUGAAAUUUUUAAACUUACACAAGAAAUUUGUGUGAUGCAAUGAUGCAAAAGCCUACUAGGGGUGAGAUCUUGUUGAAAUUUUCCUGACAUGAAAUGGAGAACAAACUUAUUGUUGCCGUCUGUUGGCACCCACUCUACCACUCAAUGUCAGAACCUUACAGAGACAGAAGAGAGCUUGAAGAUAAAGUGGGAUUUAUACUUGUGUGUCAGCUCUAUGCAGAGCUUAUGCCAUUGUAAGCAUUUAUACUUUCUAUGAUGUGCUGUAAAGUUUAGUUGAUUCAAAACACACAUUAAACAUGGCUUAAUAGAGACAAUUUCAAACACAAGUACACAAAUCAGCUUCACUAUAACUCGCAGCAUUCACAGACAAAGCACUUGUCUUUAUCUGGACACAUUUCCCCCACAAAUACAACAUGCUAAUGUUUUUAGCUGAAGCCUAUGGUAUUUUACAUUGUAUAAAUUAGCCUAGUGGCUAGCGGACUUUUCCCAUGGGAAGCCAGGGACAACAGCAACAUUUAACAAUGGUAACGUUACAAAGUUUGGCUCCAUUACAACUCUCAAGGUUCACCAACAAAACAACUGUCUUAUACUAAAUGCGCUUUCCAAACAAAUGUACCAUGCUAACAUUACUAGCACAAUCCUAUGGCUUGACAAGCGGAGAUUUCCUCUAGUCAUAUGAAGCCAGGAUAAAUCACACACAAGACUUAAAAUGCUACUUCUGUGGAGGCUUCAUUGUAUUCACACAUUUAUUGUUUCUUAUCUGUGAAAGCAAAGUAAAUAAAAGUUUCGUUUCGACUGAGGGAAAUGGUUUCAGCUUACAAAAAUAGACAGGAGGUCUGCCUCGCUGUGACGUGUAGUUACAUUUCUGGGGAGAUUCACAUCGUAGGAUACGGCAUAGGUACUGUGUCUACGUCAACGCAGACCUACGCCGUAGUUACGGAGUUGAUUUGACUCGAAAGUAUAAAUCCUGCUGAAGUGAGUGAAGCCGUGGGACUACUCAUGCUAAUGCUCUAAGUAGCCUAAUUAGAGUUGUUUCGUGAUUGUUCAACUAUUGGUUUUACUUAACUACGAACCAAGUUAGCCGUUAGCUGCCUUCCCCAGUUAGUAGCACAAAUGUUAGCACAACUCUUGAGGGCGAAUUUGCCAUUUGUGAAACAGCCCAAAAAACACUUCAGCAGCCAUAUUCAGGGAGUAGUGUGAGGUGAAACUUUGCUUUGUGUUUUGUGUGAACACAUCAUUAGCUAUCUCAUCUGACUUAUAUUCCAUUGCUCUGGAUUGAAGUAUUCACUGAACAUAGUGAUUCAAGUAUUUUGCGGUUUCCUGUAUUGAAAUGAAUGGACUAUAAGAUCAUUAUUUACACAAGUAUUUUACAACAGAGAGAACCCUAGAGCAAUAUCAGAAUAUUUCUACAGAGGAGAGGCCUAUUUUUCAAGGUUCUUUACAGUCUGGGGUCCACUUAUAGGGGUGACCUCCCAAUAAAUUCAGAGCAUGAAACAGCAUGAAAACACCCGUGAGGCAAUUAACAGAUUAGCAGAAUUUAGCUAAUGGCUAUAUUAGCUGAUAAUAGCAUUAUUCGUCUUUUAUGUUGCACUGCUGUUGGCAAUUCAUCAUGCUGAUUUUCCUAAAAGGUUGAUGCUACUGUAACUGGUGUUAAUCAACUUAUCAUGAAGUCACUGUUGUUUUAGCAGAAGUGGCCAAUAGAGCAUUUUGAAAUGCUGCUGGCCAGAAGUCUGAUAUUGUAAAUACACAGAAAGAUGUGAAAUCCUUAAACGAAGAAGCGUGCUUUGAGUGCACAUUUGACAAGAUGAGGAACUGUGUGUGCGUGAGUGUGUGUGUGUGUGUGUGUGUGACCAACUCACUGAAAUAUAGUGCUGCUAAAGCCGAUAUGUAAGGUAUUAUGUCAGUAUUCGGAUUUUUUUUUUUUUAAGUAUUAAUUAAUGUGCACAGAAAAGCAAACGACCUGCUAUCUAUGUUGGAGUGGAUAAGUGGUUCUUCUGAAGUGUUUAACUUGUCAAAUGAUUAUAUAAAGGACCUGAGCUCAUAUCAACCUUACUGUUUACCCAAAACAAAGUCAUGGAGUGUGUAGUUUCUGAAGCCAUUAGGCAUGUGUUGUGUGGUCUAGUUUAUGGGGGAGUUGUCUGUUCUCUGUCUUAUCACCUUAAAUAUGUGUCUCUAGCACUGUCAGUGUGACAGUAUUGAAUCUAUUCACACUGAAUUAAAUAAAAGUGACCUUUGGAUUCAA